AUGCGGUCGACGAUAUUGUUUUUGCCGUUGAUCCUCGUUUUUGGCGUUUUUCCCACCACCACCUCCGCCCUCCAAGUCCGACUCGAUUACAAUGUCGCCGAUGAUGGCAGAGCGUUGGAGUUUUAUCGACCAAGCCGACCGCUCUUCGACAUGGUCGAUGGGAAUUCGUUCGAGCAAUGGGGCGACCUCCGACGCAAGAGGAAUCGGACUCGGCCCGCGGACUCGUUGUUCAUGCAGUUGGAGGCGGUUCAGGACGAGUCCUACAACUUGAUUUGCGUCAUGCUUUUGUGAGCGUUUUUUAUAUAUAUUUUUUUUGAGAAAAAAUAGUUGUUUUCAAUAUAAAAUUUAGAGAAUUUGGUCAAUAGGUCAAAAUAUUAGGUAAAAGUUCCUUAUUUUGGCCACAACUUAUAACUUUGCGGAAACUGGCCGGAAUUAGCCCAAAUUUAGCGUGCACGCUCAAUUCAUCGUUGUCAAUUCCCGGACAGUGCAUUUAGUUAGUGAGGUCCCUUCUUUUUUACGUACUACCUUACCCUUCAAAAACGGCUGCAGCCUGUGAUUUUACACUUUAUACGAUGAAACAUGUCCCGAACUAAACUUACUGACUCCGUAUGUAAUUAAAUGAGUCGUCACAGCCUUCGUAGGUACCCUUAAAACUAUAGAGCUAUUAUAGUAAUUCCGUUCCAGCUAGGUCGAAGCGUUUUUUCCUAAGUUUAGUGCCCAAGCUUUGGCGUAGUUCGCGGAGUAGCUUUGUUGUGGCCAGAAUAAGGAACUUUUCCCUUUUUCAGUAUAAAAUUUUAACAAUUUUGGUCAAAAAUAUUUUUUCAAAACACCCUUUAUUUUUGAAAAAUAUGACAUCUUCCUGGACAAGGUCACAUGUCCUUGAUAAACGCAAGAUUCUCAUCGCUAUUUAGAGCCAAAUUCCAAAACCAACGAUUUGUUUAUAACCUUUAUUUUUUUGCGUCCAGCCAAAAAAGAGUUUUUAAAUUCGGGAGAUUAAUUUAGUGGUCAAUUUGAGCGAAUAAAUGGUCUGAAAUGACCGUCUGUUUUCGAAAGGAAGUGUUCAAGUGCGACGCUCAAAUUUUGAUUUUUUUUUGUUAUAAAAACGGUUUUUUCGGCCUUGAUUCAUAGUCAAUUUUCGUCAUACCACGCCUUUUCAAGGCUAUGCCUCAGCUUAGGAAAGUCCUCAACUAACAGCGGAAGUACUCCAAGUGCGACGGUCAGAUUUUCUUUAAAUUUUGCACACACAUCGGGUAUGGACUAAAUAUCAAUUCCUGAAAGUUUUAGCUCGCGCGCCGCCGAGAUAUCGAACGAUUUUUUGCCGCCGAAAGAGCACGCUAAACGUGGAGAGCGGUCAGAGAGAAAAACGAUUUUUGGCCAUAACUUUGGCAGUUUCGAGCGGAAAAAUUAGAUUUUUUGUAGAAACAUUAUCCUUUACGGUUGAAAUAGGCAUGAAACUUUUCGUGCCGAAAUUCGGCAAAAAGUCCUAAAUUUUGGCCGACUUUCGAUCUAAAAAUCUCGGUUGUUUCUGCAAAGCGCGAGCUAGGAUUCUCGCAUAUAUUUCAGAAAAAAUUAUUCUAAAUUUGUGCCAAGUUUCAUCAAAGUCUGAGCGUCGCACUUGGAGUACUUCCCCUGUAAGCUGAGCCCAGCCAACUUUUCAUCGUAUAAAAUAUCUUCCGCAGGUCGCGCUCCUUUCAUUUUCCCAAGACUGGAUUUCUUUGGGUGGUGCCCUCUGGCUAACUUUGUGGGACGCUACAAAAAACGCCAGAGUAGAUGUAAAUAGAGCAAUAAAUUCAGAAGAAACUACAGCCAUUCCAAGUACGAAUAACCCAAAAUCCCAGACUUUUUAAUGGGCUGGAAAAUGGCUAGGGCCCGGGAUAUUCACCAUGACACAAACGAAGAAUUUUUUUAUAUUUUUGAAAUAUUCUGAAAGGAAGCUUGUAAAAAAUAAAAUUCUACCAGUCAAAAAUUUUGCAAAGGUCAGCCGCAUACAUAUAUGCUUUCAGUUUUAACAUACACUCAAACAGGCUCUAGAAAUUUUGUUUUGAAGUGUCACAAAAAAAUGUGGAAAAACUUUUGAAUCAACCUAAUAUUUCUCUCAUAUGUCAUGUUUUCAGAUUGAUGACCGCCUUAUUUAUGCUGAUGCAGGAUUGCAAUGGCGAGUAG